AUGUCUCUCCACCGCAGCAUUACCUCUUCCCUUCUUCGCAGCGCACCUCGAACCUCAAUCUUCACCCCACGAUUUGGCAGCGCCAUUACACAUUCGCGCACCAUGGCAUCCGCAGCUUCUUUCCAAAAAAUUAAGGUCAAGAACCCAAUUGUCGAAUUGGAUGGUGAUGAAAUGACACGCAUUAUCUGGAAGGAUAUCAAGGAUAAAUUCAUUCAUCCUUAUUUGGAUGUUGAUUUAAAAUAUUAUGAUUUGGGCUUGGAGUAUAGAGAUCAGACCAACGAUCAGGUUACCAUUGAUGCGGCAGAAGCUAUUAAGAAGUAUUCUGUUGGUGUUAAGUGUGCUACCAUUACCCCGGAUGAAGCUAGAGUUAAGGAAUUUAAUUUGAAGCAGAUGUGGCUUUCACCAAACGGUACGAUCCGCAAUCAUCUAGGAGGAACCGUCUUCCGCGAACCUAUCGUUAUUCCACGUAUCCCCCGUCUUGUGCCUGGCUGGAAAAAGCCAAUCAUCAUCGGUCGUCAUGCAUUUGGAGAUCAAUACCGCGCCAAAGAUAUGGUUGUUCCUGGGCCAGGUACUCUUACCAUGACUUUUACUCCCAAGGAUGGCAAGCCAACAGAAACUGUCGUCUAUGAUUUCAAAUCAGGAGGAGGAGUUGCCCAAACCCAAUACAAUACCGAUGAAUCCAUUAGUGGAUUUGCUCAUGCCAGUUUCAAGAUGGCUCUUAACAAGGGAUUACCUUUGUAUAUGAGCACCAAGAACACAAUUUUGAAGAAGUAUGAUGGUAGAUUCAAAGAUAUCUUUGAGGAGAUUUUCCAAAAGGAAUAUAAGACUCAAUUUGAGGAGAAGAACAUCUGGUAUGAACAUCGAUUGAUCGAUGAUAUGGUUGCGCAAAUGAUGAAGAGUUCAGGUGGUUAUGUUAUGGCUUUGAAGAACUACGACGGAGAUGUUCAAUCUGACAUUGUAGCCCAGGGAUUUGGUUCCCUUGGUCUCAUGACCUCAGUUCUCAUCACCCCCGAUGGAAAGACCUUCGAAUCCGAGGCUGCACACGGAACAGUCACCCGUCAUUACCGUGAACAUCAAAAGGGUAACCCUACAUCCACAAACCCCAUUGCAUCAAUCUUUGCCUGGACAAGAGGUUUGAUCCAAAGAGGUAACUUGGAUAAUACCCCAGAAGUCGUGGCUUUUGCAGAGAGCUUGGAACAAGCUUGUGUGGAUGUUGUUGAUAAGGAGGGUAUCAUGACCAAGGAUUUGGCAUUGGCUUGUGGAAACACCGGAAAGGGAGAUUAUGUUACCACUGGAGAAUAUUUGGAGGCUGUUGAGAGAAGAAUGAAGGGGCUCUUGAAGGAGAAGUUGUAG